AAGCACGCUACCACCUGUUCCCGGUGCGCACAGCCUGUUGGCCUUCCCGGUUUCUGGUUCCCCCAUAUAUUCAUCACCGCUGCCCCCCCUCCUCUGUCAAUCCCUCUUCCUCCAUACUUCCUAUUCCUCAUAUACCCCAUUUGUUCUGUUUCUUGAUUCCCCCAAGACCCAGAAUCAUCCUAGCUCAACCCUCAGUUACCUUCCAGUUGCCUACUACCUAGCGCAACAACCUUUCUAGCUCAAUUGUCUUCUUACGCGUAAUCUACCACAAACACCACCGCCAGAAUGCAUCGCACAUACUCUAUGCGCCAGAGCCGCGCUCCUACUGCCUCGCAGCUUCAGACCCCUCCUCCCCCUCCCUCCUCUACCAAGUCCGGCAUCUUCGGCCGUGGCAGUCUUAGCCAUGCUCUCCGCCGCAACGCUGGUGGCGCUUUCGGCCCUGAUUUGGCCAAGAAGCUUGCCCAGCUUGUCAAGAUGGAGAAGAACGUCAUGCGCAGCUUGGAGACUGUUUCCAAGGAGCGCAUGGAUGUUGCUCAGCAGCUCUCCGUCUGGGGCGAGGCUGCCGACGACGACGUUUCCGACGUCACCGACAAGCUUGGUGUCUUGCUGUACGAGAUUGGUGAGCUUGAGGACCAGUACGUCGAUCGCUAUGACCAGUACCGCAUCACCAUGAAGAGCAUCCGCAACAUUGAGGCUUCGGUCCAGCCCAGCCGCGACCGCAAGCAGCGCAUCACCGACCAGAUUGCCCACCUCAAGUACAAGGAGCCCAACUCUCCCAAGAUUGUCGUCCUUGAGCAGGAGCUUGUCCGUGCUGAGGCCGAGUCUCUCGUCGCCGAGGCCCAACUCUCCAACAUCACCCGCGAAAAGGUCAAGGCUGCCUACACUUACCAGUUUGACGCUCUCCGUGAGCACUCCGAGAAGGUUGCCAUCAUUGCCGGUUACGGUAAGCACCUUCUUGAGCUCAUUGACGACACCCCCGUCACCCCUGGUGAGACUCGCGCCGCCUACGACGGAUACGAGGCUUCCAGAGCCAUCAUCCAGGACUGCGAGAACGCUUUGACCAACUGGAUCACCGCCAACGCCGCUGUUUCCUCUAAGCUCUCGACCCGCUCUCGCAACCUGUCUCAGCGCCGCCGCAACAACAUCCGCGCCCGCACUGAGGGCCACGACCUCUCUGGUCAGGAUGCUCCUUACGAUGACUCUGAGGAGGAAGAGGAGGAAGAGGAAGAGGAAGAGGAGCUCAACGGCGAGACCCGCGGCCGAACCCAGGAGGCUAUCGCUGCCUAAACUCGUAACGAAUAUACGCACCAAAACUAGCAAAAACGAAUGAAAAAAAUGGGAAACAAAAACAAUCGACUGUCUUUUGGAUAACAACAAACAGUCAACAUGCCGGCGACAUAAUUGUGGUAAUAUAGAGCUGGGCGCCGCCGGCUAGGAGUUGCUUGAAAGCGUGGGGGUAGAACGUUCUAUUAUCAUUAUGAAAGACUUCUUGGGCUAGUUGAAUAGCUUUUGAGCUGUAUGCUUAUUCUAUAAUACCAUUUCGUAUCUAAACAGUAUAAACACAUG